UCAAGAUGGCCGCCUCCAUGGCCGUAGCUUCUUGCUGGGUUCUGCGAGGUUGCCGGGACCAGCGGCUGCUGCUUGGGUGGGGGCGUCGGCUGUGCAGUGGAGGGGGGCGCGCGGCAGCUGACGCGAGGACUCACUUUGGGUUUCAGACUGUGUCUGAGGAGGAGAAAGGAGAGAAGGUUUACCAGGUCUUUGAAAAUGUGGCUAAGAAGUAUGAUAUAAUGAAUGAUUCAAUGAGUCUGGGUAUCCAUCGAAUCUGGAAAGACAUCUUCUUGCACCAAAUGAACCCAUGCCCAGGAACCCAGUUGCUUGAUGUUGCUGGAGGGACAGGUGACAUCGCCUUUCGAUUUCUCAAUUAUGUUCGUUCCCAGCGGGAGCAUCAGGUCCGACAGCAGCUGAGAACACAUCAGAACUUAUCAUGGCAGGAAAUUACCAAACUUUACCAGGAAGAGGAGCAUAAAUCAUUGGGGGGCUCCCAUGUGGUGGUCUGUGACAUUAACAAGGAGAUGCUGAAGGUUGGAAAGCAAAAAUCACAAUGCCUUGGCUAUUCUGAAGGAUUGUCGUGGGUGCUUGGAAAUGCGGAAGAACUGCCAUUCAACAAUGACAGUUUUGACGUUUACACAAUUGCCUUUGGUAUUCGGAACGUAACUCAUAUUGACCACGCACUACAGGAGGCCUAUCGUGUCUUGAAACCAGGAGGGCGGUUUCUCUGUCUGGAAUUUAGUCAUGUCAACAAUUCCCUGGUUUCCAGUCUCUAUGAUCUGUAUAGCUUCCAAGUUAUCCCCGUGCUGGGUGAGGUGAUUGCUGGUGACUGGAAAGCCUACCAGUACCUUGUAGAAAGCAUCAGGUGUUUUCUGACCCAGGAGGAACUGAAGGAGCUAAUGGAAGAUGUGGGCUUCCUGAAGGUGGAAUAUCGCAACCUGGGUUCAGGCAUUGUGGCCAUUCACUCUGGCUUCAAGCUGUGACCGUCAGGAAAAGCAUUUCCUGAUAGAAGAUACAAGUGUCAUCAAAACAGAUUCAUGGAAAUUAAUCUCUUUGAAGAAUCAAUAUUUAAAGUCUGAGUUUUUUGGGUGCAUUUUUUGAAGAAAAGUCAGCUGUACAUAUUUAAGGCAUCUCUCUUCAUCCUGUCCAGUAAUGACACAAUGACUUGCAUUACUUACUUGAACCAGGGGCUUAAUGUUUUUAUAUCUUUUUUAACCAAUUUAUAGCACAAAAUAUUACAAGCCCUGGUUUGUCAGUUCUUCAAUCAUGUGAAACUGCCUUUAGUCUAACAGGUGGAGAAUGAGAUAAAAUUAGUGCUCAAAUGAAAGGUCUGGAUUUCCUGAACCUAUGUAGCUCUGGUGUAGUGUGCUGACAGACGUCCCUUGUAAGGUUGUGGAAGAAAAAGGCACUCCCAUCUUGCCUGCUACUCCACAGUAAGUUGUCCCCAUUCACUGGAGAACUAGGAGGUUCCAGAGGUGUUCCACUGCUGAAUGUGGAGUCAGUGGUAGUGAAGAGGCAGCUACAGCUCUUGCGUGUUUCAUAGGAAUACAGAAAACAGUGUAUUGGGUACAGAAUUCUUCAUCAGAAAAGUGGACAGCUAAUGUUGACUGAACAGGAAUUCUUGUGGUUUACAGCAGGGCUUCAACCCCUUUGCCCAGAAUUAGCAAAACUAGAAUUAUGCAAUAUCAACUUUUUCUUGUUGUGCAGUUUCAGUAUAAUAACAGAACCACUGUGGAAUCCUCGAUGGCAUAGCUGGUGUACAACCACUUUAGGUGGGAUAAAAGGGCUUUUUAUAACGCCCAUUAAAUCUUUCAAAGCCACAAAUAUUGAAAUAAAACUGAAAUAUUUCAUU